AUGUCAGACUCAAUACACAAGCCCGAGUCUUCAUGGGACAGUCACAGUGAAGGAGAUGAAAAUUUUGUUAACCCACCUGUUCCAGACAGAGUUCGUCUGCCAGCCACCAUUAGAAGUUUAGAUAAUAUUGCAACAGCAAAUGAGAGAGAGGCAUCUAAAGCAUUGAAGGAAGCACACGCCAACUUAGAGUUUCUGGCUGAGACUGGAUACGCACCAGAAUUGAGAAGAAAUUUCAAUAUAAUUUCGUUGAUUGGAGUUGGUUUUGGAAUCACAAACUCGUGGGCUGGUAUCAGUGGAUCUUUGAUUGCGGGAAUUGCUUCUGGUGGACCAAUGAUGAUUGUUUAUGGUAUCAUUAUCGUUUCGUUCUUUUCAUUAUGUACAGUAAUUUCAUUGGCUGAAAUGGCGUCAGCCUAUCCAAAUGCGUCAGGCCAGAUCUACUGGACAAUGAAGUUGGCACCACGCAAGUAUUCGAGAUUACUUGCCUACAUAACUGGAGUAUUAUCGUGGGUGGGAUCAGUGUUCACGUCAGCCAGUAUUACAACCACCACAUCGAUUGGUAUAGUUGGGGCUUAUGCUUUGUUCCGUCCUAACUUUGUUGUCCACAAAUGGCAUGUGUUUGUCACCUACCAGAUAUUCAAUAUCUUUGUUCUGAUUUUCAACGUUUAUGAUCGCCCUUUGCCCGCUAUAUUCAUGGGGACUCUCGGCAUAUCACUUUCGUCGUUUAUAAUUAUCAUCAUCACGGUUUUGGCUAUGCAUAAAGGAGACUUCCAAAGCGCCAAAUUUGUGUUUGUUGAAUUUCAAAACCAGACAGGAUGGAGCUCGUCAGGGGUUGCGUUCAUUGUUGGUUUGAUCAACCCCAAUUGGAGUUUCAACGGACUUGAUGCGGCCACACACAUUGCAGAAGAGUCGUUUAAUCCUGCUGUUGACGUACCCAGAGCCCUUAUAAGUACGGUGGUUAUCGGUUUUGUGACGACAUUUACAUUCUGUAUUGCAAUAUUCUUCUCCAUAACGAAUUUGGAAGCUGUUUUUGCAUCAAACACGGGUAUUCCAAUCUUGGAUAUUUUCCACCAGGCAACAGGAUCCAAAGGUGCCGCCUUGGGAUUGGGUAUUUUGAUCAUCAUCACCGCUUUUGGCUGUAACAUUGGAUGUCACACAUGGUCGGCAAGAAUCUGUUGGGGCUUCGCCAGAGACAAUGGGUUGCCAUUUUCAAAGUAUUUGUCAAGAGUUAACCCCAAGACAGGGACUACAAUCUAUGCACACUUUGUGUCGUGCUUCUGGGUUGCUGUUAUUGGAUGCAUCUACUUGGGUUCCGACACUGCAUUCAACUCCAUAUUAGUGUCGUGUGUGAUGCUCUUGUUGUUGUCGUACAUGGUUCCCACCCUUUGUUUAAUCUUCAAGAGGAACCAGAUCCGACAUGGCCCAUUCUGGUGGGGCAAAGUCGGUUUAUUUUGCAAUAUUGCACUUGUUGUUUGGACUAUUUUCACUACAGUAUUCUACAACUUCCCAUCUGUGAUGCCUGUCACUGCUGGAAACAUGAACUACUCCUCAGCUGUGCUUGGUGUUGUGUUUGUCAUCUUCUUCUGUGAUUGGAUUGUACGCGGGCGUAAAGAGUUUGUUGAUAUAGAAGAAAGAGAGAGACAUAAGGACGACUUGGCGCUUGAGCUUUCGAACCAAGUCUCGAGGAUUGAGGCGAUCAUGUCGAACCCAGGUAAAUGA